AUGUGCAUCCCUCUUCCACGCAGGCACCGCGCCCAAACCAGCGCCUCGCCCUUCAAGAACCUCCCAUACCAACGCCUCAGCUCCCCGCCCCCAACGCCCCGGAUGGCACCGAGGCACACUUCCGCCCCGGUGCCCGCCGUCGUCGCCGUCGCUCCGCCCCCGUCCCCAUCGGCCCCUCGCACGGCAUCCCAGUAUGAGCGCCUCCUUAUGGAACUGCUACCUUUCGGAGACACCGCGACCUUCCGCGACUGGCUCGACGGCCCGUUCGUGCGCGGGUCAUGGGACGAGUUCUGCGCGGACUACCUCUCCCUGGCGUUACUCAGGGCCGGAUCGCCCGGCGCUGUCCCGGAACCGGACAAGGCCCGCACGGCGCGGGCGGCGCGGGAGGCGCUCGACACCCGGAAACCAAAGUUUCUCGUCUACCAUCCGGACAAGACGGGCUGGGCGGUCGAGGACCACUACGUGCGCUUCAUCGUGACACUAAUCGCGGACAACGGGCUACGGAACAUGUGGUACGAUCCCGAGUGGAAAAGGAAUGGGCUGGACAUCACCAAGGCCGCGCACGAGGUGCUCGUCCUCCUCAAGGCGGCCAUGGUGUACCCGGACCCGAACCCACCCAGUUACUCUGCAUGA